AUGGAGCCUGGAAAUCUCCACCUCCGGCAUCAGUUUCAAGAACAGUUUACAGGAUACUAUUCUUCUUUAUUAUCACAACCUGCAGGCGAUUACAAUAAGGUUUCAAGCACCAGUGAGAAUAUUAACAGUAAUACUCACAGCAGUUAUCUAACUGAUUGCAUCCCAAAUUCAAGGGUGUCUAGGCCUCCUGUUUCCAGGACUCAAGAAUUGAGUUUCCGCCAUGGAACUAGUUUCAACCGGCAGUCUGCAGCCAAUGAAUUGCUACAGGCGAAGACCAAAGAAGAGUUACCAAGUGAAAUGAUGCCAGCUAGCUUUAAUGUAGCGGAAUCAGAUUUUCUGUCAUCUAAAUACAAGCACCAAUAUUCUCAUGAUCUAGGUGAAAAUCGAUGGCCUCUCAACAGCUUAUCUUCUCUUCAGCAUAUCUCAGACUCUAACGCUAAAAACACAGCAAGUCUACAGAGUCUAUCUGCUGGUAGCAGAUAUAACUUUAGCCAUAUUUUACCAAGUAUCAAUAUUUCAACAACGGAUUUGUGUUCUUCAUUGGUUUCAAGUUCUUUGGACUUCAACUUACAAGCUGUGGAGCUUUUAUCGACUAGCACUUAUGAUGGUGCCGCCAGUUCUAGCCAAUCUUCAGAAAACACUUUCGGUUGUUUCAUGCGAGAACUUAAAGAUAGCCCUUCAAAUAGCUGCAAAAAAGUGGGUGUCUUCUCUACUUCAUGA